AUGCACAUCUUCAUAACCGGCGCAACUGGCUUCAUCGGCCGCGUCAUCACCGAACUCGCCAUCCAACAAGGCCACACGGUUCACGGCCUCUCCCGCAGCCCCCAAGGCGACGAGCUUCUCACCUCCCUCGGGGCCGUCCCCAUCCGCGGUGACCUAGCCACACACAACAGCCUCCGCGAACAAUCUGCAAAAGCAGACGCCAUCUUCCACCUCGCCUUCGACCACGACUUCGGAAAAUCCUACGACCAAAUCAUCAAGCUCGACACCGAGGCCGUCGAUGCCCUCGCCGCCCCGCUAGUCGGGACCUCCAAACCCCUCAUCGCCGCCAGUGGAAUUCUCACCGUGCGCCCCGACACAGGCGACACCGUCGUCAACGAAUCGGCGCCCUAUGCCGAAAACACCAGGGUCAGGCGGCAUGUUUGCGAGGAGCAUGCGCUGUCGUGGGCCGAGAGGGGCGUCCGGGUUAAUGUUGUCCGCCUCCCGCCGUAUGUGUAUGGCCGGGCGAACGAGACGGGGUUCGCGGCAAGAAUGGUCAAUAUGGCUGUUGAUAAUGGGGUGAGCGGGUAUAUUGCGUCUGUAAAAAAUGGGUGCGUGACCAGUGUGUACGUGGACGAUGCAGCGUCGUUGUUCUUGCUGCUGGCGUCGGAUAAGACGGUUCAAGCCGGAGAGAUAUUUCAUGGGACGGCCGACUGGGAUACGACGUAUGAGAUGCUGGCCGAAGCGAUUGGGAGGGCGGUUGGGGUCCCAGUUAGGGCAUUCGAGAGGGAGGAGGCGGAGGAGAGUUGGGUGGAAGCCGUCGGGCCGAGUUUGGUGGAGGAGUUGGAAACGGGAAGUUAUAGGCUGGUAGUGGAGAGGUUUAAGCAGAUGAAGGGCUAG